UAUAAGCUCCAGCACAGGGUUCGUACAAUGCCAACCUUUUCUGAGAGCGCGUCUCAGUAGCUGCUGCUGUCUUUGGAGAGACACGGUCCAACUGUGCGUAAAACCCCCGCUUCAGUCAGUGUGUGUGUGUAGAUAAAGACUGUAUCGGUCACGGAGGAGAAGAGAACACGACACACAAGAGAAGAAGGAGCAAAUACCUCCCGUUCACUGGAGGAGUUAACCUGGAAGCGCCGUGAAGACACAGAGACACGCAGAGAGCGAUAAUCAAGGCACUCGGUGGCUGGACAAGGAUCCUCUUUGUUGAACACAUACAAGGCCCCCCACCCCACCCCACCCCCCCAAAAAAAAAGAAGCAGUCCUCACUUGAAUCAUGGAGCCUGCUCAGUCAGAGGUCAACAUUCUCUCCAACGGGAAAAGCCAUGACUUUGGGGACGACAUGGGCGUCGCGAUGAAGACGCUGCUCGACGACGAUCAAAAUGGCACUCAGACAGUCAGAUUUGAUGAUCCUGAUGGCGGACUGGAAAACGAGGAGUUUUUGCCCAGCGCGGAAGGGAAGAAUCCGCGCUUCACAGACUUUGAAGGAAAGACCUCUUUUGGCAUGUCUGUCUUCAACCUGGGUAAUGCUAUUAUGGGCAGUGGAAUCCUGGGAUUGGCGUAUGCCAUGGCCAACACUGGCAUACUCCUCUUCUUGUUUCUUCUGACUGCAGUCGCAGCGCUGUCAUCGUACUCCAUCCACCUGCUGCUCAAAUCCUCUGGCAUUGUGGGAAUUCGAGCUUAUGAACAGCUGGGUUACAGAGCGUUUGGCACUCCUGGAAAAAUGGCUGCCGGAAUAGCGAUUACCCUGCAGAACAUCGGAGCCAUGUCCAGUUACCUGUACAUUGUAAAAUCGGAGCUACCGCUGGUCAUCCAGGCUUUCCUGAAGGCAGAUCCCACCUCUGAUCUGUGGUACAUGAAUGGAAACUAUCUGGUCAUCAUGGUCUCUGCCAGCAUCAUCCUCCCCCUGGCUUUAAUGAAGCAACUUGGUUACCUCGGCUACACCAGCGGAUUCUCCCUUAGCUGCAUGGUGUUCUUUCUUACUGCCGUCAUCUAUAAGAAGUUUCAGAUUCCCUGCCCGUUUGAGGAGUUCUCGGCCAACAGCACCGCUGCCCACCACGCCGUCAACGUCUCGAGCCACGGCCACGAGUACACCAACGGACUCGUCCACGCCGCGGAUGACGCCGACUCGCACUGCUCCCCGCGCUUGUUCACCAUGAACUCGCAGACAGCAUACACUAUUCCCAUUUUGGCUUUCGCCUUUGUGUGCCACCCUGAAGUCCUGCCCAUUUACACCGAGCUCCGCGAUCCAACAAAGAAGAAGAUGCAGAAAGUGUCCAACCUCUCCAUCCUGGUCAUGUACACCAUGUACUUUCUGGCCGCUCUGUUCGGCUACCUGACCUUUUAUGACAAAGUGGAGCCUGAACUUUUGCACACUUACAGCCGCAUUGAUCCCUACGACACUUUGAUUCUGUGCGUGCGUGUGGCCGUCCUCACCGCUGUCACACUGACUGUGCCUAUUGUGUUGUUUCCCGUGCGUCGAGCCAUCCAGCAUAUGUUGUUCCCCACCAAGUCUUUUAACUGGCUGCGUCACACUGCCAUCGCCAUCGUUCUGCUGACGUUCAUCAACAUGCUGGUGAUAUUUGCGCCAAACAUUCUGGGCAUCUUUGGCAUCAUUGGUGCCACGUCGGCUCCUUGCCUCAUUUUCAUCUUCCCAGCUGUUUUCUACAUCCGCAUCGUCCCCAAAGACGAAGAACCCAUGAACUCAGUCCCAAAGAUACUGGCCGCCUGUUUUGCUGCUUUGGGCAUCUCCUUCAUGGUGAUGAGUCUCAGCUUCAUCAUCAUCGACUGGACAUCGGGGAGCAGCCAUGCCGCAGGAGGCCACUAGAGGCCGCUUCAGUGAACAAGGACGCGGUCAAUGCAAAGGGAGGGAACACACUACAGUGCUGCCCAGCACACAGCCUGGGGGUUAAUAACAAUAUAAAAUGUACAGUAUCACAUCUGGAUUGACCAAGUUCAAAUCCCCUUUCUCUUUUCUUUUCUUUUCUUUUUUUAAAAAACAAACAAACAAACAAACACUUAUUUAACCAAAAACAUCCUUUCAUAAACUGUUCAGUGAUUCAAUCUAACAUAACGUCCUUUUCACGAGUAAUCAGGAAUGAACGGGGUCUUCGUUAAACACUGUGUGUGUGUGCGUGCGUGCGUGUGCUCAUAGUUCAUACUCACAGUGGUGAAAUGACCUGUUUCUUCCUCUUUAUUUACACACAAACAGCUGCAGCUGGUACUGUAUAGAACAGAGAGGAAGGCAUCAAGAUAUAAAUACAUAAAUUAGGGAGCUAAAUAAUCCAGAAGCUAUUUUUUAACGCACAUAUGAAGAAGUGUUUUUCGCGAGACGCACAAAUGCAGCGCGCUGAGGCUGAGCUGUUCACCAUCAGGUUACACACGUCAGUGCUUUAAGGCGAGCGGAGAAGGAAACAGUUAAAGCUAUUGUUUCAUAUGUAGAAAUCAUCACAUUAUAUGAAAAAUAAUCUUAACAAAACCCCAGAUGCCUUUCAAUAUUUUACCACAUUUCAGUAAGAACAGGAAUAUAUAUAUAUUUAUUUAGCGACGUCAAGUGCUUUUAAUUUCAAAACGGUCUUUAACUACUGUAUAUGACGAAGUUAAUGAUCCAAAACACAUGUAUUAUUUUUAGAUUUUUAUACGUAGUUGAUGACAUUAAUAGAACUGACUCACACUUUACAAAAAUACAAAGAGCUUGAUUUUA